UACCCUUCGUUAUAAUUCGAGGUCGUACAUAAUCCAAGGGUAAUUUCGUACUGGCAAUAAAUAUUAUACCACUAUAUAAAGUUGAUAUUACAAAAUUCCAAACCCCAAUUAUUUAGCAUAUACAUUCACCAUUUGAAAAGCUUGAGAUAAGAGGGAGGUCGGUCUCAAGAAAUGAAUGCUACCACUGCACCCACGUCUGCCACCACCGCAGCCACGAAGGAGGAAGACAGUACCACCACCAGUUUCUCCAGUUUGCACCCAGACAUCAUAGAAGCCCACAUCCUCCCUCGUUUGGACGGUCCCACUCUGGCCGCCACAAGCUGCUCCUCCACCACCCUCCACCAACUUUCCUCCCAAGAUCACUUAUGGUCCAAAAAAUGCCACUCCACGUGGCCUUCCACCAGGUCUCCACGUGUCUGCCAUGUCAUCUCCACGUAUCCUGGUGGUGGGCCCCGCAACUUCUUCGCCCACGCCUUCCCUCUCUUGGAAGAAGACCACUCUUCCUCAAAACUCAGCCGUUCAUCACCAUCAGCACCACCGCCAUCAGAAUUGAUAUCGGCCGUUGAUAUACACUACAAAGACAAAUUAAUCUUCAGUAAAGUCCAAGAAACUGAAACCGUGACUGGGUGGUUCCGGUGCUCACCCUUCAGGAUUGACCUGCUAGAGCCAAAAGACGUGAUCCCCACACCCAUUGAACUCCCGGACGGAGACGACACGUGUACAGUAAUUUUCAAUGACAUGACACUGAGCUGGAUUCUGAUAGACCCAAUCGGACGGCUGGCAGUGAACCUCUCAUCUCACAAGCCUGUUACUGUACUGCGCCACUGGUUGACCGGGGAAGUGCAGGUGUGUUUUGCUUCAAUCCUAGCCGUUGCUCGUGGUCACGUGCAGUGUGAAAUAGUGGUCACGUGCGGAGUGUCCGAGGAAGGGGAGAUGAUGCAGAUGAGAGAAAUAAGUUUAGCGAUUGAGGACAUGGAUGGAAUGCACAGAAAUGGGAAGGAGUGUUUGGGUAUUUUACAGAGAGCAAUGGAGGGCAAAAAGGGAAAAGGGAGAAACAGAUUAGAAGAAGGACAGAGGAUGUACAAAGAGUAUCUUGAAAUGAAGAAAGAAAGAAGAGAAAGAAAAGUGAGGACAGAAAGGACAUUAGAUAUAUUGUGUGUGGCAUUUGGGGUAUCUUGUUUUGUGGGUUUUUUGUGUUUUAUUUUCUUCAGAUAGCAUAUAAGAAGAUGAAGAAGGUAGAAAUAUUAAAUAAUUAUACUUUUUUUUUUUUUUUUACAAGUUUAGAAAUUAAGAAAGAAAAGAAUCAUGAAUUAUGUUUUGAAAUAGGAAACUUGUGAGGGCAGAUAAGAAUUAGGUGAAGUGAUGCUUUACUGGUGAUGUGAAAAGAUUCUAGGAUCAUGCUUGGGAUAGUAAUUUGUACAAUAUUGGGCAAUUCUUUAUAAAAAUUAAUUACUUAUUUUCUUUUGGUAUUGUUUAAUAUUAUUUAAUAUUUUGUAAUGUACGCAAGCAUAUAAAAAUUAGAACUUUCAUGCAUAUCAAGAUUCUCUCAAAAUGCGGAAAGAAGUAAAAAGUUUACUGUUCAUUCAAGAUGAAUGAG